AUGCGCAGGCUCGAGGGAGGAACCUGUGGCUGCUCGCACCUUCGAUUAGGUUCUGCUUUGUGCUCUCAUUCACAGACUCGAAGACAGUUCCCUGGACAGAAAACUUCUGCAGAGGCGUGUGCUUACUAUGAACGUUACAUUGAAGAGCUAAAGAAACAAGGAUUUCAGCUUAGAGAAAAUUUUACACCCAAAGCAAUCCAAUUAGCAUCUGAGGAGUUACAGGCAUUGCUUUUGGAGGAGGUAAUAAAUUCAAGUACUCUGAGCCAAGAAGUGAGUGAUUUGGUGGAGAUGAUCUGGACAGAAGCUCUUGGCCAUCUGGAGAACACACUUCUUAAGCCAGUGAACAGAAUUAGUCUUAAUGACGUAAGCAAAGCAGAGGGUAUUCUCCUUCUAGCAAAGGUUGCUCUGAAAAAUGGGGAAACAGCAGAGCAAUUGCAAAAGACGAUGGCUCAGUUCUACAGAUUAAUACCUCACAAAGGUGUAAUAACUGAAGAAGUUAGCCUAAGACUAUUAUCUAAGAAAGAGGAUCUCUGCCAGCUAAUAAGAGACAUGGUUAAUGUCUGUGAAACUAAUUUGUCCAAACCCAACCCACCGUCUCUUGCCAAAUACCGAGCUUUGAGAUGCAAAAUUGAGCUCAUUGAACAGAACACUGAAGAAUUUUUCAGUGUUAGAGAUCAGGUAUUGCAGAAUAAUCACAGUAAAAGUCCAGUGGACAUCUUGCAGAUAUUUAGAGUUGGCAGAGUGAAUGAAACCACAGAGUUUUUAAGCAAACUUGGCAAUGUGAAGUCCUUGUUACAUGGAUCUUCUGUACAAAACAUUGUAGGAAUCCUAACCCGAGGGUUGCUUUUACCCAAAGUAGUUGAAGAUCAUGGCGUGAGUAGAACAAACACAGGAAAUCUUGGGAGUGGGAUAUAUUUCAGUGAUUCACUCAGCACAAGUAUAAAAUACUCACACCCAGGAGAGACAGAGGGCACCAGGCUCUUGGUCAUUUGUGAUGUAGCCCUUGGAAAGUGUAUGGACUUAUUCAAAAAGGAUUUUUCAUUGACUGAGGCACCACUUGGUUAUGACAGUGUGCAUGGCGUUUCACAAAAAGCAGGUGUCAUCACAGACUUUGAGGAUGAUGAAUUUGUUGUAUAUAAAACCAGUCAGAUUAAAAUGAAAUAUGUUGUUAAAUUUUCCAUUCCUGGAGAUCCAAAAAAGGACUUUCAACCUGGUGGUAAUACUGAAUUAGAGGAAGACAGACCUGAGUUUUCAGAUGUGUCAAAGGUUGAAGAUUACCAGCUACCAGAUAGCAAAUCUUUCAGCAACAUCAAAGCCGGCCUUCAGGAUACCUCUGGGAAUUCAGUGCCUCUUGAGGAUGUUCACAUCAAGGGGAGAAUAAUAGACUUUGUAGCACAGGUCAUUGUUUUUCAGACAUACACAAAUCAAAGUCAUGUGCCCAUUGAAGCAAAAUACAUCUUUCCUUUGGAUGAUAAGGCAGCUGUGUGUGGUUUUGAAGCUUUUAUCAAUGGGAAGCAUAUAGUAGGAGAGAUUAAAGAGAAGGAAGACGCCCAUCGAGAAUACCGGGAAGCCAUCAGUCAAGGCCAUGGAGCUUACUUGAUGGAUCAGGAUGCACCUGACGUUUUCACUGUAAGUGUUGGAAACUUACCCCCUAAGGCUAAGGUUCUUAUCAAAAUUACCUACAUCACUGAGCUCAGCAUGCAAGGUCCUCUUGCUGUCUUCUUCAUGCCAGGCACUGUCGCACCCUGGCAACAGGACAAAGCCCUGAAUGAGAACAUCCAGGAUAUGGUAGAGAAGAUAUGUAUAAAGGAAAUAGGAUCAAAGGAAAGCUUCUCCUUGAGUCUGUCUAUUGAGAUGCCAUAUGUGAUUGGAUUCAUUUCUAGUGAUACACAUAAACUGAAACAAAAGAGCACAGACUGCAAAGCUGUAAUUAGCACUGUGGAAGGUAGUUCCAUAGACAGCAGUGGAUUUUCUCUGCACAUCAGUUUGUUGGAUGCGUAUCUCCCAAGAAUGUGGGUUGAAAAACAUCCAGAAAAAGAAAGCGAGGCUUGCAUGCUUGUCUUUCAGCCAGAUUUCAAUGUCACCCUCCCUGAAAUAGCUGCAAAGAGUGAAAUGAUCAUUUGUCUUGAUUGCUCCAAUUCUAUGGAGGGUGCAACAUUCGUGCAAGCCAAGCAGAUUGCCUUAUAUUCCCUGACCCUGGUGGAUAAGAAGCAAAAAGUAAACAUCAUCAAAUUUGGUACAGGUUACAAGGAAUUAUUUUCUCAUCCUAAGUUCAUCACAAGUAGUGACAUGCCGAAAGAGUUCAUUAUGUCUGCUACACCUACCAUGGGAAAUACCGACUUCUGGAAAACACUCCGCUAUUUAAAUUUGCUAUCCCCUUCUCAGGGGUUACGCAACAUUCUCCUCGUAUCUGAUGGACAUGUCCAGAAUGAGGGCCUUACCCUCCAGCUUGUAAGCAGAAAUGUUCAGCACACCAGGCUGUUCACCUGUGGGGUUGGUUCUACAGCAAAUCGUCACAUCUUAAGGACUUUGUCCCAGUGUGGUGCCGGAGUAUUUGAAUAUUUUAACUUGAAAUCCAAACAUAGUUGGAGAAAGCAGGUAGAGGAUCAAGUGACUCGAUCCCGAUCUCCGAGUUGCCACUCUGUCUCCGUCAAAUGGCAACAACUAAGUACAAACUCCCCUGAGCCCAUGCAGGCCCCGGCCCAGGUGAGGUCCUUGUUCCACAAUGACCGGCUCCUCGUCUACGGAUUUAUUCCUCACUGUACACAGGCAACUCUGUGUGCAUUAAUUCAAGAGAAAGAAUUUUGUACAAUGGUGUCAACUACUGAACUUCAGAAGACAACUGGAACUAUGAUUCACAAGCUGACAGCACGAGCUUUCAUCAGGGACUAUGAAGAUGGCAUUCUCCACAAAAAUGAAACUAAUCAUGAGAUGAAGAAGCAAAUCUUGAAGUCUCUGAUUAUUAAGAUCAGUAAAGAAAACUCUCUCAUAACACAAUUUACAAGCUUUGUGGCUGUUGAGAAAAGGGAUGGUUAUGAAUCGCCUUUUCCUAAUAAUCCAAACAUCCUGGAACUUAUUGCAAAAGAAGAUGUGGAUUUUCUGCCAUACAUGAGUUGGCAGGAGGAGCAACCAGAUGCCAGCAUAACACAGGCAGAUGCUAAUUACCAAUCUGUUUCAGCAUCCUCUGAAUUGAGUGAAGAAUUGCAACAUAAACUUUUGUCUAAAAAAAAAAAAUUGAAAUCAUCUAAGCUGGAGUUUCCUGAAAUGGCGGAGUUGGAUUCGCAACUACCAGUACAACCUUUAACAUUCACUUAUGGAUUUGGAAAUGUGGGAAAGCCAUUGGAUUUAAGUCAGAUGGAUCCAUUUAAAGAAACAGAAAUUAGACAACAUAGUAUAUCCUUUUUACCAAAGAAGGCUGUUUCCAAGCAUUCUCGUUUGUUUGGUGCUGCAGCCCCUUGUAUACCCUGCCUAGUUGCCCCCCAGGUUGAUUCUGAUUCCUUCUUUCCUCCCCAUUUACCUCCUCAGAGCACUCUUUCUGGUUCUCUUGCUACUCCCAAGCAGUUUGGUCCAUCUAAAUAUGACCAAGACCUUGAGACGGGCAGUUGUAUUGAUGUCUCCCUUGAGUCGGAUUCUCCUCUCAGGCUGCCUAUCCAGAACCCAGUUGUUGGAGACGCUGGUGGUUUUGGUUCUUUAGCUGCCUCAUUUGGCUCCAAACAGUCUAAAACAGCUGAAGACAAGGUCAGCCACAGUUGUGCUGGUUCCAAUGUGUUGCACUCUUUUCCCAGUCUGUUCUCCCAGAGCCCACCUGUUGGACCUCUCCCUGGUUCUGCUUCUUUACCUGCGUCGUUUGGCUCGAGGCAGUCUGAAAUUUGUCUGGAAGGAAAGGUCACCAGUUGUGCUGGUUCCCACGUGAUGCACUCUCCUCCCAUGUUCUUCUCCCAGAGUCCACCCAUUGGAUCCCUCCCUGGUUCUGCUUUUUCAGCUACCUUGUUUGGCUCCCAGGGGUCUGAAAUUUGUCUAGAAGAAAAGGUCAGCAGUUGUGCUGAUUCCCGUGUGUUGGCCUUUCCUCACAGGCAAAUUCCUACAACUCUUCCUGCCAGGAGUUUUGGCUUUGCUCAUCCUUCUGCUACCCCCUCAUUUCAUUUACAGAAUUCCCCGGUUCCUUUAAGCACCAGUUACAAGCCGCAAAUAGCUUUAUUUGCGCUUGCCCACGAUGACCCAGGAGAUUCUUCCCCAUCAAAUAUUUCUGUCAGAAGUGAAUCAUUAGAUUCUCUCCAGCAUGGUAUUCGUACUGCCUUAUAUCAUGAAAGCUCUUCUGAAACAGAAAGUGAUGAUGAGAGACAAGUAUCUCUUGCAAGUCGUUUUUUAAAAAGGGAGGUGAUUGAAGCUGACACAACAAGAAGUGACUUUCCCUCAAGCUUUCAGGCACAAAAAGAUGAAGAUGACAUAGUCUGCAAACAAAGUUGGAUGAACUUUGUGCCUUGGACUGAGCUCUUCAGUUUACAAACCGAGGAUGGCUUCUGGAAACUUACGUCAGAACUGGGAUUUAUAUUAAACCUUAAUACAAAAAUUUUAAAUAGCUUUCUUGAAGCAAAAGGCAUUCAGUCUCUAGGUAUAAAAGGAAGAGAACUUCUCCUGUGCCUGAUUGCCACAUUGCUGGUUCUACAGUUUUUUCGCACCAGGUUGGAACGAGAAGGAAUAGUCUUCAAAUCACUGAUGAAAUUGGAUGACACUUCCAAUUCCAGGAAUAUUCCCUGGGCUUUUGAGAAAAUACAGAAAGCAAGUGAAUGGGUAAGAAGAACUGAAGGACAAUACCCAUCUAUCUGUCAACGGUUUGAACUGGGGAAGGACUGGGACUCUGCUACUAAGCAGCUUUUGGGAAUUCAACCCAUAAACAGCACUUCUCCUCUUCACAGAGUUCCUAAUUACAGUGAAGGCUGACUUGAAUGAAAUUAUGCUUUAAACUUUUCUUCAUGCUUUUAUGUAUAAAAUAAUCAAAUCCUAACAGAUAUCUUCAAUGAAAUUUAACUGGUUUAUCCAAUGUAUUAGUUACCUUAAAGUAAAUAGACACAGAAUGGAUUAUUUUGAUGAACUAACCAGCAAAAAUAAAAGACAAAUAACAAUAUUCUAAAA